GCUAAAACUCUCAUAUUCGUACUCGCUUAUCCAUCUCAGUAUAGGCCCAUAUAAUGUAACUCAAUUCUAAAUACUACUAAAAAUUUCCCUAAGAGCCCAUCGGCCCACUUAGUCCCCAAAAGGUCCAAAAAAAUUCACAGUCAAGCAGUGGAGUUCAUCGCCAAUCGUCAAUUGCCGAGCUGGGAGGAGAAGAAGAAGAGGAAGAAAAACCGUAAGAACUGCAGAUUAUCUCGAGUUUUUUUCUUUUUUUGAAAAAUUGUUAAUCAUGGCGAAGCCGCUGGGUCCCACCGGUGAGUUCUUCAGGAGGAGGGAUGAGUGGAGGAAGCAUCCGAUGCUGACAAACCAGUUCCGCCACGCCGUCCCCGGACUUGGCCUCGGGCUGGCUGCCUUCGGAGUUUACCUCGCCGGAGAAUUUGUUUACAACAAGAUCUAUGCUCCCAGUCACUCUCAUUCUCAUGCCUCCUCGUCUUCUUCUGCUACGGUUUCUCACUCUCACUGAGAAUCAUAAGGUAUGCUUUUGUAAGGGAGACACAUGCUGCAUUCUGUCUUCAGUCUUCACUUUUUGUAUUUCAGACUUUUCAGUUGCCAAUAAUAAGUUUGUUGGGACUUCAUGAUUGUAUACUUCAUACUGGUUAGAAUGUUGAUUUGUAUUGUAUUAGCGUGCCAACUCUCACUUUCGCCGUUUCAUUGAUGCAUGUUAUCCGGUUUGAACUUUUUUUUCUAGAAGUUUUCUGGCUGCCAAUGUAGCUAGUAGCUAGUGGGAAUGUGGAAUAAAGACGAUUGAACUCUAUUUAUUUCUAGGUGCCAAACUAGUGAAUCACAAACUACGGUCAGUAAUGCCACCAGAGAGUUACAAUUUACAUGCCAUGUAAAUUCUAACCACAAGUAUGAUGAUCACUAGCCAAUUUCUCUACUAAAUGUCAGAAUCAUGAAUAGCAAGAACCAACGAGGAGCAGAUCAUUCAACAUUUGUUCCCUCCUAAAGCAAUUUUUGUAGCAACAGUUUAGUACUAUAUGAGCAGUCUUACCUGGAUAGACCUUGUAGGCUAGGAC